AAUACCGAAACCGGAACAUUACUUGUACCACGAGCCCCUCCUUCGGAGCUUCCAAGCUUUCCCAUCAGCUCCAGAGCUGCUUCAGCCUGCAGCAGAGGAGAGCUCACAAUUCAAACAUCUUGAAAACCAAAACCGGAUUCCCAAAACACUCAAACGCUCCACCAACAAAAAACUAAAUCACAAUCAUGGACGCCCUUGCUUUCUUCGACGGUGAAUGCUACUUUGGAAUUGUUUCGGAAGUCUCUGAGAGUUGGGACAGGGUCAAGAUGAUCGAAUCCUACGAUGAGAUGUUCGGAGCCACUCUGUUCAAGUGCAUGUACGAUAUCGCACCCGAUGCAUGGACUCCUUUCGCAUUCACGGCGGAUGAUGUGGAACAGAAGAACGAAAAGUUCAUGGUUUUUGCCAAGCGCUUUGUGAGGAUGCUUGACCUUGCUGUGCACAUGCUUGGACCCGACAUGGACAUUGUUGCCGAGGAGAUGAUGGAUCUUGGCCCCGCACACGCAAGAUACGGAGUGACCGCUCGUCACUUUGAGCUCAUGGGACAAGCUUUGGGGCACACACUGGAAAAGGUCCUCAGUUCCCGAGACUGCACUCCGUCCACCAAGCAUUCCUGGGAGAAAAUAUUCAGCUUCAUGUCUGCCUACAUGUUGGAAGGCGCCAAGUCGGUGUAAACAACUCAAAAGCAAACGAGCAUGGACGUACCAUGCAAUCUGUAGACAUACCAUGAUAGCUCUUAGAAAAUACAUAUUCAUAUUCCAUCUCAACAUAGACAAGUCUCUGUCAGUAGUUGCCCUUCCCGUCUCCAUACCGUAGCAUGUCAUACUUGGCUGGCAGCAAACAGUUGCAC